AUGGAAGAGAAAAGUGUGGAUGCAGCAGUGGAUUACAUAUCCAAAUUGCCAGAACCAAUUUUGCAGAAAAUUAUGUCUUCUCUUUUGGCUAAAGAAGCUGCACAAUUAAGUACAUUGUCUAAGACUUGUUAUAGUGCUUGGACUUCUCUCUCUUACUUAAACUUUGGUUAUAACUUUUUGUAUCAUAAAGGGGAUGAUGACCGUUGGAUACAAUCAGAAAACAUAACAGAGCUUGUGAAUAUUGUGGAUCAAAUUAUAGCAAAUCGGCAGCAGCAGAAGAUUUCUGUACAAAAGUUCUGGCUAACAUUACCGUCUAGUGAAUGCACUUUGCCUGAAGCUAUCUUUGCUGCCAAACACCUAAAUAUUCUUGAUUUACGUGGAUUUAAGCUUCAAUUGCCCCCCGAUGGCAUAAAGUUUUCAUCUUUGAGAAUGUUACACCUCUCUAAGGCACUUUUGGGCGAGCAUUUUAUUCGAGUUUUAUGUGAAAGCUGCAAUGACUUAGAGGAUUUAACUUUAAAUGAAUGCCGCGGACUAUUCAGUUUACGAAUUACAAGAACUUUACGCAAACUGAGGAGGGUUGGGUUGACUCGUCUUUUUGAAUUACAGAUGCUUAAUAUUGUGGCACCCAAUCUUGAAAAUACCUUCAUUGAUAUAACUGCUUGCAAAGCAUUGAAAAGAUUGUAUCUCGAAGGUCAUGUUUUCCAGUCUACCCAACCUUGA